GAGCUAAUCUUUCCAACAACGUUGGACAAACGAACGCUGCACCUCUGGCGAGGGCUUUACUAGCGUUAACUUGACGAGCAUGCUCAGUUUAAUUCAGUCAGUGGGCGUGCAUAGUACCGCCUGGUGGAAUUCAAAGUGGCAAAAGCAAACUGGUGAAGUUAAAUAAAUUGUGGAGAAAACGGAGUGAGGCUUUAGACGCAUAUAUAUAUACCUACAUAUGUGUGAUUAUAUAUAGAUGAGUUUGGAGGUUAUUUGUGGCUGCGCGAAGGACGAACAUAUGAACUUAGAUAGCUAUUUAUAAGCGUCAGUGAACUGCGGCUGAAGGGUUAAUAAGUAUUUGUGCGAGAUAAAUAUUUAAAAUAUUGAAAACAGUGUGAAACGAAGCCUUCAAAUUAUUAGAGUCACCGAAACCGCAAGAAGUUAAGUGAAACUGAAACGAUUUGCAUAAAAAACGAAGACACUGAGAAACGUGACUUUUCAUAACCGCCAUAACGCUUGCAUUUAGGGAACUCUUUCGAGCAGUGACAGCGACACUGUCACCGUCACAAGCGUGACAUAGCUGCAGCAAAGAGCCGGAAGUGAUUUUCUUAUAAAACAGUGAAAUUGAAACAUUGAAUUGAAAACACAAUUAAAAAAACAUUUGCUGGAAAUAACAAAACAUUUAGUGAAACAAAUUAAAUGAGUUGAAAAAAGAGUGAAUAAAUUGCACUUUUUACGCCAAUUUAAAGGGAAAAUUACAAAGUGUAAUGAAAAAAUGCUAUAAUCCCCACAAAAAAAGCACCGUUAAAAGUUUGUUUUGAAUGCAAACUUCCGGUUAAUUGCCAUUAAUUGAUUUAGCAGCAAUAUCCAACCCUCGUACACACACACACAACGCCAACCGAACGACAGAAAAAAAUGCAUAGUUUUUCACGAAAAGUGUAAAAAUUCCUUACUUUUGACUACUUAUCUUCAUUUAUUCACUUUUUUUUUGAGUGCCUUCGCAUUGUUGUAUUAGCACAAAUUACGACUUUUUGGCAGCAGGCAGCAGACAGCGGGAGCAGAGAAGUAGAAAUAAAAUUGAAAUAGAAAAAAGAGCACAAAAAAGGCACAAGAGAAAACAUUCGAGUGAAAAAAGUUGCAACAAAAAAGUAAAAUCGAACAAAAAUUUUAAAAAACAAGAAGAGGACACCAGCAAAGCAAACUUCAAAAUGGGUCAGGAGGAUCAGGAGGUGCUAAUAAGAGGCAGCAAGGCCACUAGCACAUCGGCCGAAAGUUUGGAUAAUAACAAUGAGCAGUCCUACGAGCAGUCUUCCAUAAAUCAGGGAUUUAGUAAAAAUUACGGUACACUCUCACCACCAUCGCCCACACUCACCGCGGAUAAUCUCACCUACUCUUGGUAUAAUUUGGAUGUGUUCGGUGCUGUCCAUCAACCGGGUUCGGGCUGGAAACAACUGCUGAAUCGUGUAAAAGGGGUUUUAUGCAAUGAGCGUCAUAUUCCUGCGCCGCGUAAACAUCUUUUAAAAAAUGUUUCCGGCGUCGCUUAUCCGGGUGAAUUGCUAGCGAUCAUGGGCAGCUCUGGUGCCGGUAAAACCACACUUCUGAAUGCGAUUGCCUUUCGCUCAUCGAAAGAUAUUCAAAUAUCUCCAUCUACCGUACGCUUGCUCAACGGUCAUCCCAUUGAUGCCAAGGAAAUGCAAGCACGUUGUGCUUAUGUUCAACAGGAUGAUCUAUUCAUUGGUUCGCUCACCGCACGAGAGCAUCUCAUCUUUCAGGCAAUGGUGCGUAUGCCAAGGCAUACGACGAAAAAGCAAAAGAUACAACGUGUGGAUCAGGUUAUUCAAGAUCUCUCGCUGGGCAAAUGCCAAAAUACUUUGAUUGGCGUGCCGGGUCGUGUGAAAGGCUUAUCCGGUGGCGAACGUAAACGCUUGGCAUUUGCUUCGGAGGCGCUAACGGAUCCCCCACUAUUGAUUUGUGAUGAACCUACAUCAGGUUUGGACUCAUUUAUGGCACACAGCGUCGUACAAGUACUAAAGAAGCUAUCGCAGAAAGGCAAAACAGUCAUAUUGACCAUACAUCAGCCUUCUUCUGAGUUAUUUGAACUUUUCGACAAAAUAUUGCUCAUGGCUGAAGGUAGAGUCGCAUUUAUGGGUACACCGGGUGAAGCGGUAGACUUUUUCUCAUAUAUCGGCGCUCAGUGCCCAAACAAUUACAACCCCGCAGAUUUUUAUGUACAAGUUUUGGCCGUAGUGCCUGGUCGGGAAGCGGAAUCACGCGACCGUAUAGCCAAAAUUUGUGAUAAUUUUGCAGUUGGAAAGGUCUCUCGCGAGAUGGAGCAGAAUUUUCAGAAACUGGAGAAAUCUAAUGGCAUGAACAAAGAAGACGAGAAUGGAUUUACGUAUAAAGCUUCAUGGUUUAUGCAGUUUCGUGCGGUACUUUGGCGCUCCUGGCUGUCAGUGUUGAAAGAACCGUUAUUAGUGAAAGUGCGCCUAUUUCAAACGACAAUGGUUGCUGUUAUCAUGGGACUGAUCUUUCUAGGACAACAAUUAACCCAAGUCGGUGUGAUGAACAUUAACGGUGCCAUUUUCCUUUUUUUAACUAAUAUGACCUUUCAGAAUGCUUUCGCUACCAUAACUGUUUUCACAUCCGAACUGCCUGUGUUCAUGCGUGAGACUCGCAGCCGUCUCUAUCGCUGUGACACUUACUUUCUCGGGAAAACAAUUGCCGAACUGCCACUCUUCUUGAUUGUUCCGUUCCUCUUUACAGCCAUCGCUUAUCCAUUGAUUGGUUUACGUCCUGGUAUUGAUCAUUUCCUGACCGCGUUGGCGCUUGUUACAUUGGUUGCCAAUGUUUCGACAUCAUUUGGUUAUUUGAUUUCAUGCGCCUGCUCGUCGACAUCAAUGGCGCUAUCAGUGGGCCCACCUGUUAUCAUACCGUUUCUACUUUUCGGUGGAUUCUUUUUGAACUCCGGCUCGGUGCCGGUGUACUUCAAGUGGCUGUCAUAUUUGUCAUGGUUCCGUUAUGGCAAUGAGGGAUUGUUAAUCAACCAGUGGGCCGAUGUAAAACCUGGCGAAAUUACUUGCACUUUGUCGAAUACGACCUGCCCCAGCUCAGGCGAGGUUAUAUUGGAGACGUUGAAUUUUUCGGCGAGUGAUUUACCAUUUGAUUUUGUUGGAUUGGCUUUGCUUAUUGUUGGUUUUCGGAUAUCAGCGUAUAUAGCACUAAGAGUGCGCGCUCGUCGUAAAGAGUAAAAUUUAAUUUAAAAUUUUAUUAUAAAGUUUCCAGUUUAUUUUUAUUUUUUUUUUUUUUUUGUAUUAAAUAUUUAGUUUUGUAUGCAUUUUUUUCAGAGAAUAAAUCAAUAAUUUUGGCAAAA